CACCCCCCAACAAAUGGUCUAAUAAAGAAAGUUUGGACAAGACCGAUCAAAAUCCGCAGUCUCCCAUAGGUGAAUCUCCUCGCUGCUGAACUGAGCCGAGUGAGCUCUAGGUUGGGAAUGACUCCUACUACGUAACUUUUUCGACAAUUGGAUUUGUUGUCAAACCAGCAAGCAGUUUGAAAGUUCUGAACUGGACAAAGGCCAGACUUGCAGCGCUUCAUUCAGUUUCAUGACGUCGCGCUUCCCAAGGUUAGCAGCUCUUCGUUAUUUUCCCUCCAUGAGGACCCUCAUCACUGGCAACAUUCGUUAUCGCGGACCCCUGCUACCACUAACACUCGGGCCAUUUAGUUCGACAUACCCAUAUUUCUCAAAGAACCAAUCAGUUUUCGUGCAUUCAUCCCCGGGGAUUGAUUCAAGGCUAAAUGGGUCUACUGAUAUUGAACACGAAGAAUUUCAAAAAUGGGGCAAUGGAGGUGGCUCGUUCCAUAAGUCUUCUCGUAUUGAUCCAAGUGCUGUCAUAGAAAUUGGCGCCAUAGUACAUUCAGAAUCUGUUUUAGCUGAAAAUGUUCAUGUUGGUUCUGGAUCCAUCAUUGGGCCUUCAGUUACAGUAGGGCAAUCAACAAGGAUAGGGUAUGGUGUCGCACUCACUAAUUGCACAGUUGGUGAUUUUUGUCUUGUUCACAGUGGUGUGUGCGUUGGACAGGAUGGUUUUGGAUUUUUUGUGGAUGAACAAGGAAACAUGGUGAAGAAGCCUCAGAACCUGAGAGUGAGGAUAGGGAACCAUGUAGAGAUUGGUGCAAAUUCAUGCAUUGAUAAGGGCAGUUGGAGGGAUACUGUAAUUGGAGAUCAUUCGAAGAUAGAUAAUUUGGUUCAGAUAGGUCACAAUGUGGUUGUUGGAAAUAACUGCAUACUCUGUGGACAAGUUGGUAUUGCUGGCUCAGCAACCAUAGGGGACUAUGUAACUAUGGGGGGAAGAGCUGCAGUUCGUGAUCAUGUAUGCGUUGCUUCAAAGGUCAGGUUAGCGGCUAACAGUUGUGUUACGAAGAAUAUAAAUGAGCCUGGGGACUAUGGUGGCUUCCCUGCUAUUCCUGUUCAUCAGUGGCGAAGACAAGUUGCUGCCCACCGCCGGUCCUCAAAGUAGGGAUCCAUUGGUCCAGAAGGCCAAUUUAUUGUAGUUGACAGUGACAUAGAUAUC